CGGGUGCUGUUUCUCCAGUCUCUUUCCCCUGUCUUUGUCUCACACACUCUUUUGUUAGCCAUGCCUAGCCUGCUGGUUCUAGCAGGGAUCAUGGAGAAAAAUGGGGGCUACGGCGGGGAUCUGGCCGGCUCCGGCUUCGGCAGCGAAGGUCUCCUUGUGCCGCCCGACGAGGAGGAGGACGACUCCCGUGCCCUCAGGGUCGCGCUGGGCCAGCUGUCUCUGCUGGGGCUCGGGGAAGGCGAGGACGGCGGCGGAGCCCCAACAACAGGAGUACAGGACCGGAGUAACAAUAACAACAACCACCACAACCACACGAACAGCGUCGGGGGCGGAGGGGACACGGCGAUUCUGCAAGGGAAGAGCAAGUUGUGCGCCCUGUACGAGAGCUCCUCAAGUGAGACGAAAGGACGAGGCUGCAACAUAACAGAAUGCGUCCCAGUGCCCAGCUCUGAACAUGUGGCCGAAAUAGUGGGGAGACAAGGUUGCAAGAUCAAAGCCCUGCGGGCCAAGACCAACACCUACAUCAAAACCCCGGUCAGAGGAGAGGAGCCGGUGUUUCUGAUCACUGGCCGGAAGGAGGACGUGGCGCUGGCCCGCCGUGAAAUCAUCUCUGCUGCGGAGCAUUUCUCCAUGCUUCGGGCAUCCCGCAACAAGCUGGGGGUGUCCUUCAGUGGCUCCCCGCCCACACCGCUGCCAGGUCAGACCACCAUUCAGGUGAGAGUGCCAUAUCGUGUCGUGGGGCUGGUGGUGGGGCCUAAAGGCUCCACCAUAAAACGCAUCCAGCAGCAAACCUGCACCUACAUCGUCACCCCCAGUCGAGACCGCGAUCCCGUCUUUGAAAUCACCGGAUCACCGAGCAACGCCGAGCGGGCCCGCGAGGAGAUCGAAGCGCACAUCGCCUUUCGAACGGGGGGCCUGCAUGACCACAACAAUGAGAACGACUGUCUGGGGCCCAACGGUGGAAGCAGCCCAGGCAGCAGCAGUGGUCUGGAAAGCCGGCUACAGCAGGUGUGGGGGCUGCAGGGGGGCCAGCGCAAGCCUCUCACCAGCAGCUACCGCCAGAACUUCUCAGAUGCCAUGGUUGGAGGGGGUAGCGGAGGAGGUGGAGAGGGAGGGGGCAUCUACAGCAAGGGUAACUUCUCCAGCUCUGGAGAGAAGCCUUGCUCUUAUUUUGGAUCGGAGGGUACCCAGAGCUGGGGAGACCCCGACUACCCCAAACAGGUGGCCUUUUAUGCCCAGCAGCGCUCUAAAAGCUUCGGAGGCCUCCCGCUGCCCCUGACCAGACUCUCUCCCGGUUUACCUGAGUCCUGCGGCGGCGGGACCACCAACAACUCUUCAGUCACCAGCAUCGUGCCCGUAGCCGGCUCACCUCACGCCCAGGCCCGCCGCGCCCACAGCGAGCCCACCUCCGCCGGCGAGGGCUUCCCAGGCCGUCUACCGGUGCCGGACUCGCCCCCGGCCACCGUGCGGGACUGCAUGACCUGCUUUGAGAGCAAAGUGACGGCUGCCUUGGUGCCCUGUGGCCAUAACCUCUUCUGCAUGGAGUGUGCCAUCCGAAUCUGUGAGCUCAACCACCCGGAGUGCCCCGUGUGCCACACCCAGGUCACACAGGCCAUCCGAAUAUUCUCUUAAGGAACCACGUCAGUUUUUAUUCUUAGUUUUCUCAGUGUUUGUUCAAUAAUUAUUUACUGUUAUUAUGAUUAUUAUUAUUAUUAUACUACACAUUUUGUUUUUCAGAAAAUUUUAAAACAAUCAAGCAGAUAUUUUAGAAGGCCCUGCUUGCUUUACUAAAAAGUAUAAGAAAUAUUUUUAAGUUUUUCUUUUUUAUAUAUAUAUGCAUAUAUAUUUUAUAAAAGUUUUGUUUAUAAGAGAAGUAUAGUACCUUGCAUUUUCAGUUUUUUGACUGCUGCUGUUUUUCAUUCAUGAAUCACAGUGUAGGCAGGGGUAGACAGUAAUGUGAACAUUUUAUUAUUCAAAUUUUUUAUUUUACCAUGAAGUGGGUUUAUAUUGAAGGAGGAAGAUGAUUGUUGAGGAACCCAAUCUGCACCUGACUGACCUAGAAAGUCAAUAUUGUUUAGAAGGAAAAGGAAUAAUUUUUCAUUGCACCUUACAAUCAUCUUGGUCUAAAAUAUGAUUGUCAAUCAUACCUUGAAAUUUCAGGAGCAGAUGUGAGGGGUGAAUUCAACCUUUUCCAGUUUUACUGUGAUUGUGUUUUGAUAUAAUUGGUCCAAAAUAUUUUGGCUAAAUGAAAUGUGAAUAGUUUGGUUCCAGUCAAAGGAUCUGCACAAGAAAGAGGAGAAAGAAGAAGAAAAAAGGCAGAUCUUUGUUUCCUUCCGAUACCUUUAGAGUCUUAGAAACCAGAUCACGUUUAAAAGGGACGUACAGAUGAUUAUUUCUAGGACCUGGUUACAUUUUAUUGGUGUUAUUGACAGAGAUAGGCGGCUGUUUAAAGGCCAUUUCCAGGAGCCAUUGAUUACACUUUGGUCACUGCAGUUUGCUUGAAAAGAUUCAGUAAUGCUUGCUGCUCGUGGCACUUGAAAAGCAUGUGGACCCUCGGUUGGCUUAAAGCUCUGAUUUAAUUUGUGAGACCAAAAGCCUUGGAAUUCGUCCAGUUGGCAAGUUCUUGAUAUCCGUCCCCCCCCUCUCCCUGAUGGACUUGUCUCAAAGCCACCUUAACCACGCUUUAUUGUCUUGUGCGGUCAUUUGGCCAUGGACGUUGAACAAUGUAGGACAAAGCAGGAGCGCCCCCCCUCCCCUCCAGUCAACAAGCGUUUCUCUGAGGUGUGCCCUGUAAAUAAGUAGGAGAGUUAAUGUGUGGACAGAAGCUGAACAAACCUGUAAAAAUGUUUCCUGAAUCAGCAGCAGAUUAUAAUAGUUGGUGCAGUAAAAAACUACGUACCAGGGUGGGUAAUCCUUCCUCCUUGGUCUCCACCGCUAACAGCAUUACGCGCGAGCAGCGAGGGGCCUGCUGUCUCCCUGUAAUUAGCAAAGCUGUACAGGAGCAGGUGUUUCAUGGCACACUGUGGCUGUGACCCUGAGUUGGAGGUCUCACCAAGCCUUCUUUCUUUCUCUCUUUUCUUUGGGAGUGGCUUUUAUGUCCGUCCCCCCCCCCUUACACCCUCCUUUCUGUAGCUUACAGUUGGAUCAUUUGCUUUUGAGGCGCAUUGUCUGGGCCCGGUAGCGGCGUGGGCCGCGGAGAGCUCGGACACGGCCUGGAUCCACUCAUUGAUAAUUAGGCAAAUGGGCUGGUCCAGGUGCGGACCGUGUGGAGACUCUGGAGCUGUCUGAGGGGGAAGACGGGGUGAGCCCCUUAUUGCCCCACCCCCCUGUUCCAAGCAUUGAGGGGGCUGGAUGCAGCUGGGCCCAACAGGACCCCCCUUCUUUUCCUCUCCUUUUCUAACCCAACUGGGGAGAAAAAGGGGAGGAAGGGGGGGAUCUUUUGUCCCAAAACAUACCAGAUUUGAAAGACUAGCUUAAUUUGGCAGCACAUGUGUUUCUCCAAAAAUGGAGAAAACUUAAAUUCCAUGUUUUUGGAGAUAUCCACCUACAUGACAAAGAUAUCAUGGAUGGUGCAUGAUGUGAUUCCCCCCUCCCCUCCUCUCCCUCCUUUUCACUCCCAGACUGCACCACCCUGACAUUAGGUUUGCGUUGUUUAGGACAGACUGAAAUUUCCACAAAGCCCCCUGCGGCUCCUCACCUACUGUAUGGGACAUCCUGCAACUGCCCCCUUCAAUCUGGACUCUGCGGCUUUAGCUAACGGCAGCAGCAGCCCCCUCCCAAAACAACCAAAACACAUACAUCGCUUUCAGAAUGAAAUCAGACAAUUGUAAUUGACAGGAAAGCAGAGGAAACGCCCCAUUUAACCAGCACUCAUGCUGAAUCAAAUUACACACCCUCUGCGUCUGCCUUAGCCCCAGCCUGGGGAUUUCAGAGGGCUAGAGGAACGGAUGGGGGGUAGGGAUUAAAGCUGUUGAAUGACGGGAGGGAGGUGAAGAGAAGGGGGGUUCAUUUGGGGCUUGAGAAAGAGAGAAGUCUGCUCGAUGGAAAAAAAAAAUAGACCCCUGCAGACCGAGCGGUUCUAUUGAUCAUUUUAGUCUUUGAGCGAGUUGGGAGCUGCUGUCACAUGUGGGCCAUGUGUAGCAGAGACGGGGCUCCCGUGAUUCAGCAGGCCUCUCCAAACCAUAAUUCCGCUUCUGCCUCCUUUUUUUUCUCUUUUAACAAUACAACAAUACAAAUCUAGGCCCAAAAAGAAAAAAAGGCCCCUCCUUUACAAAUACAACAAGAAUAUGUAUGAAGCAGGCGGCGGAUGUUGCACGUGGACUGCAGGGAGAGCACUGCACUUGCAAAAAAUACCCUGAAAUAUAUCACAAAGUAGAAAUAAAAAAGAAGAGUUAGGGUUUUAUAGAUGAGGAAUUGCACAGUGGUUUGGCUUAAGCUUUCGACGUCACAUUCAAGGCAGCUACGACGCUGCGCUCUGAACUUAGUAUCUUUGAUUUUUGUUUUUCGCCUUAACAUUUUUUACUAAAUAUCGCCAUUGCUUUUUGGCAUGAAAGGUAGCAACUUUGGCCUUUUGAUAGCACCGCUCCCCUAAAAACAAACUUUUUUAAGUACUUAUUUUUGGAAAAAAAAGAAGAAUGUGAAUCAAACUGUUCGGGUGGGGAUUAGAGGCAUUCAGGACAUUAGGCUCUUAAAAACACAUUGCAUCAAAUAUAAAGCACCUUAUUACAAAACACGCAUUUGAUAAAAACCAAACCGACCACUGAUGGUGAAAUAUAUCUCACAGAAUCUGAACGACAUGCACAUAAGGAUUCCCUAUCAUUUGUGUGUGUGUGUGUGUGUGUGUUAUGGUGGUUCUUAUUGUUAUCAAUAGUGGCAAUUUGGGAGACCUCUCAUCCAUUCAUUCAAUGCUAUCGACCAUUUUUAGUUUCUUGUUUUAGUUUUGCACUGGUUUAAUGAAGAGAGGGCUUAUUGGAGAUUCUCCCAGUUUAGACUCUGUAUAAGUUAAUGAGUAUUCUACUUUAUGGGAAAGCACUCUGUAAAUAUAGUACGUGUAUCAGUUAGGAAAAGCCAGACACAGGCCCGCUUAAAAGUGAGGUUUUGAUUAUUUUUUAAACAAUCUCAAAGUGUCAUUGUCGAUGUUUUAGCAUAAAUAACUCAAAAAAGAGUUGAGGGAGAGCAAAUCUUUUAUAUAUGCGUCCCAUCAUCCUUAUAAUAGUAUAUUAGAUAGAUCCAUACGUGUAAGAAAUAUUAUUUAAACUAAUUAACUUAGUGUUUCAUCCAAAUAUAGAGCUUAAAAAUUAACCAGACAAUAUCAAACAUAAUAAUGAAUAUCCUUUUAUGAAGCCGCUGAUGUAUAGGUCCAAUCUCCAGUUAAAAACUCAAAUAUUUAAUAACCUCCCCCUACAGAAAAAGUUCCGUUUUUAUUUAUCACGAUUAAAAGCAAUAAAAAUGACUUUACUGGGACAUUAAAACAGAGUCAGUUCUAUAGAUGAUAUUCUAGUAGAAUAAUACCAUUAAACUUGUGUCUUGCUUCGGUUUUAUCGUGGAUUAAUGUCAGAGGUGCAGCUAAUUAGUCACGUAAUCCUCAUCACGUCCAUCAGGUACUCACUGUUUUUUUUUUUUUACUCCACAAACUUUGAGGAUUCCCUCUUUUCAGAGAACUGAAACGAUGAAACUGCAGUUUCUGUGACUUUCAGGAAGCUCAUUGUGCUCCAGUCAAGUGUAAACGAGCAGGUGGAGUAAAAGCGGCGAGGGCUGGCCCUGCGAGGCGGAGGUCUCCGGGGCUUGCUUUAAACAAAACACACAAGAGAAGCAGAAGCUGCGACUACACAGGUCGAUUAACUGUACCACACACUCGUUAGUCCUGGUAAAAAUCCACACGGGGCAGACACGUUGCUCAUGUUUCUACAUUUUUAUGGCUUCAUUUGAUAUUUGUUGUUGCACCAGUUUUUUUUUUUUUAGUUUUUUUUUAAUAUAUAAUCACUUUGAAGAAAAAGAUCAAACUUAGCCAAAGAACAAAACACAAGAAGAGCUAACUUAUCGCUUGAUUUAACUUAUUUUACCAUCAAAAAUCCGCCUGGUUUAGAGUUUACUGAAGUAAGAAAUGAUCUCAUAGCUGGAAGAACUCCCAAUAGUCCAAUUUAUUGAUCUCUGUAUAAAUGAAGGCAUAUCACGUUUCGGUGUAGUAAGAUUAGUUUAACACAGCAAAGACGCCACUAACAGACUUACUUCUCCCCAAAGAGAUCAGAUCAGAGCACAUCCUGGCACUUCCUUACUCUUUUUGAUAAACUUGGCCAAUCUUAAUGAGUUACGAUGAAGAGGAAACUUCAUAUAUCAAAGAUGAGGGGUUACUUUACGUUUAAACAUGGCAGCGUUUUACAGGAAAUAAAUGUAGUUUUUUUUCCUCGAUGUCAUUAAGAGAAGCAUUAACCGCGUUAAGUUUAACUGCAUGUUAGUAAAAUAUAGUACGAUAAGUAAGAUUAUAUCAAAAAAGUAACGAUCACAUAAAGAUUUCAUCAGCUUGAUAUCGGAAGUGUAUAAAAGCUUUAAGACCUUAAGGUAAAACAUCAGUUUAAAAUCUUAUAUUUACCACGUAGUUUAACUAAUUAAUGCAUAGUUUAACUAUGAUUCUUAAGAGUAUGCUAAGUUUCAUUUGUCCAGCUCGCGCAGUAUGAAAUGCUAUCUGUGGAGCAGCAGAGGGCGGGGCGACUCGGUGACACUCCAAUCAUUACGUUCUUCUUAGUAUUAUUUACAAUAUUGUAUUAAGCUUACUAUUCUAGUAACGGUAGAUGUUUUUCUUCUCUUAAUAUCGAAAGGUGUCAAUGCAUUUAUGUAGAACCCCUUUUAAGGAGUGAUAGGAAAUCCUUAUUUUAUAUGGAUGCACUUAAGCAAUUGUACCAACCUGUCAGUCACAUUGAAGCAAUGCAUUUGAAUGUAAAAAAAGACAAAAAAAGGAAAAAAAAAACUUAAUGCACCCCUUAUGCUUAUUUUAUUUUUGUCAAUUUACAAGUGAGCUUUAAGUUUGUUUUUUUAAAAAAAGACUUUGCAACAGGUUUUCAGCGUAGUCUAUAUUUGAGUUCUUCCACGUACAUUUAUAGAAAGUAACUUAAAAAUGAAUAAAAAAAAACAUAUUACAGUUUCUCAAAUCUAUUUUGCUAACAUGGGUUAUUAUUUCAUAGAAAGCAGAGGAAAAAAGUCAGUAUCUGGAUGUUAUUUAUGAAAAAAAUGAAAACGACAUAUUUAUGAGUAACCUCAAGACAUUUUGUUUUUUAAUUAAAAUGACAAGAAGUUAAUAUAUUUCUAAACACAGGGAAGUCAGUUUCUACUAAUACGUAAAAUGAGAAAAUAAGUUUAGAAGUUUUAUUUAUGAAAGUUAUGGAGGCUUUUUGUCCGUGGUGCUUCCUGCAGCUGGAAGGAGUCUCCCAUAGCUGAAAUUUUAACUUCAGACAUGCACUACUUUAACAUCAGUGCAUUAACAAUGGAAUAAUUACAGAAAAUAAUAUAAUAUUUUUAGAAUUUGGAGAUAUUUUAGUCACAGAGCAUCAAUUUUGUGCCUCAAUUAUAUAUUUUUCCUGCAUCAGCAUUCUUUGUGCAGUGCUGCUUGCUGUAAAGUCCCCCCCCUCCCCACUUCAACCAAUCCCAUGUUACUGACUGAAACGCAUUACUCAUUUCCUCUGUAAUCUAAACUCGCUUUUUUCUUAGCAAAAACGUUAAAAAACUGCAACGCUUGGAAUGAAUGAGGCAGCUGUGACCCUCUGAAGGGGCCACGUAACUUGUAAACACUUUCAAUCACACAUUUUCUACAUCUGCUACUCAGCCUGUGAUCGAUCCAUGGUGACGGAGAGCGAUCGGCUUUAAAUAAAAGAAAAAAGCCUUUUCGAUCCAUUUUUCCUGAUGUGUUAAUUAGGAGAAGUGUAAGUGAAGGCAUCAAGGAGUGGACGACAGCGCACUGUGUAGAUGUAUGUAACUAGAUGCACACGCACACACACGGCUGAUUCAUUACCGUACUAGUUUGCAUGUAUGUUGUAUGGUCAUUUAGGAAGGAGAGGCGGUGCAGGUCCGGCCUCGGCCGGCAGCUUCGGCACACUUGGACCGUUUCUCCGCUGUAGAUUUUCAUAGUUGGCAUCUCUUUAGAAAGCGGAAAGCUGACGGGAGUUUGGAGCCAGACGAAGACCAUUUCAGUCCCCAUAUCCAAGUUGGACCUCGUACACUCAGCUAGCUGUUUAGCAAUGAAAAAUUGUUUGCACCGCAUAGCGAUUAACUUGAAGUUCUGUUUCUGGAAGAGUUGAUAUGGUUUUAAAAAUAAAAACUUGACUAUAAUGGCACGUUUUCUGCUGCAUGCAAAGGUUGGGGACUGACGUGGCGCUCGCUGGUGAAACUCUCAACCUUUUUCCAAAGAGGCCGACGCAGUCUGACAGUUUGUCUUUGGUAGCGUUUUCCAAUUUUUCCAGCACAGUAGAGUUGUUUCAUAACCGGUCUAAUAGUGGUGGUAGUGCAUUAGUUUUUUGGGCCAGCAUUACCUGGCGUUAGUUUCUGGUUUCUGUGAACAGUGAAGGAGGGUUGCCGCUGCAGCCCCCCGUGGCUGACAGUCAACUUUGAUGGAUGGGAAAAGAAAAAAAAUAAAAAUAAAAAAAAUGUUAAAAGUAAAAGGAAAAAGGAAAAAAAAAAAAAGAAGUGUU